AUGAGUUUCGACCAUCAAUAUUAUGCAAAUCACAUUGAUGAAUGGUGUGAAGAUAGUGAGUGGAUUGAAUUAAGAACACUAGAUCAACUAAUUAAAGUUUUAGAUAUCUCAAAACUUAACCAAGAACAAUUUUUAUCAUUUUUCGACAUUGUUUCUUUCUUUUUUGGAAAACGAUAUAAAAUAAAGAUGCUUGAACAUACACAUCUUGACAAGGUCAACGAUUUACCAUCAAUUAUGUCUAUUUUAAAAUUUUUAGGAGAAUUCUUAUGUUUUCCAUUUUAUUCUGAACUAUUAAGAGCAGUAAACACAAUAAUUCAAGGGUAUGAUUCUAGAAUUACCCAAUUACAAGCAGAACUCCGAACAAAAGACAAAAUAAUUAGAAAUUAUGAAAAUUUUAUUCCAGAAAAAACAGAAACAAGUGAACAAAACACAAAUGCAUUAAAAAAUUUAAAGAAAAUAACCAAGAACUAUCAUCAAAUUUAUUAUAUUCUAGAAAAAGCAGUAAAAGAAAGAGAUUUAUAUACAAUUAAAUAUUCCGUUGAUGAAGGUUAUUAUGAUGUUAGAGAUAAUACUUUUGCAUUUGAUAUGAUAUUUCGUGCAUCAAAAGAAAAUAAUUUAAAGUUAGUUAAAUUAUUUCAUAUAUAUGGAGCAAAUCUUAAAAUCCGAAAUAAUCGCAAUGAAACAAUUCUUCAUAAUUUUAGUAAAAAUGGAAACGUAGAAGGUGUUAAAUUUUCAUUGAGAUUCGUUGACGUCAAUGAAAGAAAUUGUAAUGGACAAACUCCACUUCAUUGGGCUGCUCUUAGUAACAAUCCCCACGUUUGCGAAUAUCUCUUACAACAACCGAAUAUUGACAAAAGCCCCAAAGACUAUUAUGAGGACACCCCAUUAAGUUUUGCAGACAGAUUUGAAAAAUAUCGAUCACGUGAAGUAUUAACAAGAUAUGGUUGCACAAAAUAA